AUGUGGCAUACAAAGGGUAUUGAACGCUUUGUACAGUUUGUUAGGUUUUCAUCGUCGAAUGGUGCAAGAAAAGUAGCUAUACAAUGGCUAAAGUAUUUAAGUGUGGAUACCGUUCCGUUGAAGUUGUUCACUAUCAGGUAUGAUAGAUCCAGUGGACCCGGUGGGCAAAAUGUCAACAAGGUCAACAGUAAAUGCACUUUGACUCUGAGCAAUUUUUCCAAAUGUUCGUGGUUGCCAAAUGAAGUGCGACAGCAGCUGAUCGAGAAACCUGUUAGGUACUACGCCAAGCGCAGCGACUCGCUAGUUGUUCAGUCAGACGAGACAAGAUCAAGAGACGCAAACAAACACGUAUGUUUGAUGAAGCUGGUUACUGAAAUCAGAAAUAGCUGUUGGUUUCCCGGCGAGAUCGAUCAGACAACUGUGAAGAAGUGGGAGAAUAUAAAGAAGAAUGCUGACCGGAAAAGAAUACGCCAAAAAAAGAUUAGCAGUGAAAAGAAAAAACUUCGAAGUAAACUCGAUUUCUGA